CAAAUGCAAGAGAUGCGUUCGUUACAGUGCAGAAGUUCUCAAAGACAUCAUCUUUCUCACAACGAACUUGGGAUCCAGUGAUUCAGCGAAAACAAACAUCAUCCUCGUCCAUUUGGUUUCUGUUCCCAACCAGGAACGCAAUCUUUUCUUUGUUUCUUUCCCACGCACUCGUUGUUAUUUUGAAGGCAAAGCAAAGCCAAGAGAUCCUCUCACUUUCCUGCAGAAUCUACCGUAUCGAAUCAAGUUAGUUGAUCCCUUUUCUUUAUCCUCUUGAAACAAUUGAAACCAUGACAAAGCUAUCUCUUUUGGCUGCUACACUCCUGGCAGGUGCCUGUAGUUCUGUGGAAUCCUUUUCCGUGUUGUCGUCUAGGCCCACAAGAUCUUCUUCUACAAGGCUGAAUCUAGUCCCUGAGCAAGGCAAGCAAUUGGAAGCUGCCGUCACUGCUGCCUACGCCAAAGCCGAAGAAGAAUCAUCCAGUAGUAGUACUGCUACCCUCACGCCACCACCAUGCCCCAAAAAGCGCUUGUCUUCGGCUCGUGCCUUUGUGUCUCGCGUCUUUUCCUUGCCAUCCGUUAUCCGAGGACAUCCCCACCCCAAGUUGGAAGGCUUAUCCGAAGAUGAUGCUGCACUUGAAACCACUACGUGGGAAUGGCAAGACGGGCCCCAAGACGAUGUGGUGCUGUUUCCCUUGGUGGGAUUUCAGUUCGUCCAAGAUGCCCCCAAUCAUUAUGGGGUCCUUCCCUCGUCAACCGCGUGCAAUCCAUCCUGUCGCCUCCGCACCAACGCGGCGGACGAGGAGCACGUCGGAUGGUUCAGCAAGGCAUGCCAUUUGCAAAAUCUGUAUGCCGAUAACUACUGUGAGGAGCCGACCAACUAAGAAAGAAGAAGAUCAUGAAGAGCGCGUUGUCAGUGAAUCCAAUUGACACACAGGCAACGAAUAUAAUAUAUGAAGUGAACAAAGCAAACAAACAAUCAAUCAAUCAAUCAAUCCACGUGAAUGGAACGGUAUCUCUCAAGCAAAAAAGGCAAACAGUGGUGCAAAGAGACAAAAACCAGAUAACAACGGACGAUGCCGUGCAAAGCUGCGUUUAUGGAACAAGGGUGGCUGCUUUGCUUGUACCGGUACAUACAUACAUACAAGAAGGGAGAGAGAAAGAGACUUGAGCGAGUGAGUGAGUGGCUGGUCCAUCCAUCACCAACCAACCAACAAAAAGCCAUGCAUAUUAUCCCAACUCAAUGAUGAUCCACAUGAAACUAUACAGUAGUCAAUUCUUGACAAUGUAAACUAGAAAGUACGUUUGUUUGACAGCAU